AUGUUAUCAUUAAAAAAUGUAAAAUCAAAUGAUGAAGUAAAUGAUAUAAGAAAUGCUAAUGAUACAUUUAACAAAUACAGCAGGAGCAUAAUUCCAAUGGAACAUAACAUUAUUGUAUUACCUUGCGAAUGUAAAACAUCCAUAAUUAAAAAUACCUUUUUAGACAUAUUAAGUCCCAUGAAAAUUCCAUUUUGUAAAAUAAAUAAUACAAAUGUACAAAACACCACCAACGUUUUUUCUCUAAGAAAAAAGAAAAAAACAUUAAGAUGCGAAAAUAUAUUAAAUCAAAAUAAGGGGAAUACUAAGAAUGAUAAGGAACAAAAUGAUAAUCUAAUUACAUGCCAUAAUAAUUUCAAAUCAUUUAAUUCCAACUAUUUAGAUACUUACAGUAUUAUUGGAGGAACAUACAAAAAUACAUAUUUUAAAAAUAAAAUGGAUAACAAAUAUUUUACUAUUGAAAUUGAACGAAAAUAUGAUAUAAUAAAUGAAGAUAAAAAUCCAUUUGAUUAUUACACGUAUGUUGCAAUGAAAAAUCAACAUAGAAACUAUUUAGCAUUAAAAAAUAUUCCAUAUAUAGAAAAACAAAUUAUGAAUUGUCGUGAUCUUAAUUCCGUUUAUAUUAAUAAAAACAUUGUAAUUCCAGAAAUACAAUACAAACAUAAUAAGAAAACAAAAAUUACCAAACGUGACUUAAUUGAAUAUAAUUGUAUAAAGGAUAAUGCAAACGAUUUUUUUAAUUUGAACACCGAAAUUAGUAAUACCUUAGUUAAAGACAAUAUGAUUUCACGCAUAAUAAAUGAAAAUGAACUAAAAAAAAAUCAAUCAUUAUCUUUGAUUGAUGAUCGUAAAAAGUCAAUAGCAAGAAAUAUUAGUGAAAAAAACAAUCAGAUAAUUUAUAACUCAAAACAACAUUUUAAUAUUUUCGAUGAUAUAAGGCCAUCGAUUAAAAAAAACAUAAAAAAAAAGAAAAAAAAUUUGGGCGUAUGCUAUUUAAAUUUAAAUAACUUAUCAUGUCAAUUUUUAAUGACAUGUGAUAAGACAUAA